CGUCUUCACGAAAUCGUGACCUUCGAGGACUAGCCAGAAGUAGUAAUCUUGGAGCUUUGCAGAAGUUCAUGCAGUUUCAUGUUGGUGCGACGCCAUUGGCCAAAGCGGGCCCCGCGUUGUUGGCGCCGCCCCUCAUGGUUCCUUCCAUGUUCCCUGCAGGCAACAUGUGAAGCUCGACAACUUGAAAAGAUAGCGUUUCUCCCUUACAACCACGCCAAACAUUGUGCAGCCCUCUAUAUUAAGACGACAACCACGUGUAUCUUAGGAGAAUAUUCCUAGAGGUAAAAACGAAUCGCCCCAUCAUACUGCGAAUGGCGUCUGGCCUCCUAGGUACCACAGGCCUACGCCUCCCCAACGAACUUGCCCUCCUAGUAAUCGACCACCUCGCGGACGAUAACAAAGAGCUAUGCACGCUCGCUCGAACAUGUCGCGGCAUGCAGCACCUCGCCGAGGAGCGCAUCUACAAGACCAUUGAGCUUCUCUCUGUCAAAGACCUCCACGCAAUUAUCGAAGCCUUCACACGCCGUCAUGAUCGCGUUCGCGCCGUUCAAACACUCAAGAUUCUGUACCAAUAUCGACCGGGAGAUUUGAACGACAGCGAAGAAGCAAGGACAAGAUUCAACGAGUGCGUGGCGCAUAUGAUAAACCUCAGGGAAUGGCAUAUCGAGAGUCCUUAUGACAACUUCAACUGGGCCAAGGCGGGUGGGCACGAGUGGGUGGAGCGCGAUAUGAUGCGGUUCCAGGGCGCCCUAGAGGCCGCAUGCGUGGACGGCCCCAAGGAAGCAGAGCGCAUGCUAGUAGAGCGGAGAAUGGGCAAGAACAUUGACCGGACUGUUGGCCUCGCUUUGCUAGAGACUUUGACUAUCCACUCACACGGCGCCGCCGAAGACUUUUGGGCUCUCGAUGGCUUCGACUGCCUUUUCCGACACCCGACCCUCCGAACUCUCCACAUCUCGUGCGUUUCUUUGCCCGCCGAAGGACUACCUAGCCUUGUAUCACAUGUCAACAAAACGCCUCUCACGACUUUGAUCUUCGACGAGUGCGAGCUAGAGCCUAAAAGCCUAAAAAGCAUCCUACGCACGCCCGCAAGACUAAAGCAUCUGACUCUCGGCGAGAAUGUCUUCAACGUCAACCGAUCUAGACGCCCUAAUCCCAAACUAUCAAAGAAGGCAGGCGCAUCGUUUGAAGCCCUAGCAGCAGUUGCGCAUUCGCUUGAAAGCCUCACCCAUCUUGAUCCUGGUUGGCGAACAGACUUUUCUCCACAUGUUCUGCGUAGCAUUCGCCCGCCUGGCGAAGGCAUGCGGAAUUUCCACUCCCUCAAAUAUCUGGAAUGCGACACGAGUUCUUUCCUCCACCAGGGCGCCAUCAUGAAUCGCGACCUUGCCCCACCCAACCUAGAAACACUCCGACUUCGCCGACACUGGGAGGUUGCGGUCGACUUUUGGGACCAACCGCCUGCAGCUGAUCACUACGCGGCGCUGCCUUCUUUGAAAACCCUGGAACUGUUGCAGUCUUCGUUCAUCUGGUUCGAGUUGUCACUCCCAGACUACAUUUGCCAAGCAGACCGCAUUCGAAAUCGGCAUGCGUGUGCGUACAAGCUGUCCAAGGCUGGCAUCAACCUCAAAAUGUCGAUCGAGAUGCAUCGGGACCCCAAGCUGAUACCGCCGUAUCUGCAUGGCGAACUUAUUCCGAUUGUUCACUGCAUAUACGACGCAAGUGUUGUUGGCUUUCAUCGACACAUCUCCGAGACGUGUAACGUCGCCAAUGAUGUCGCGGACUACCCGGGAAUUGAUCAUUCACCCUCUGAUAUACACGUCUUCGCAUCCCGUGAGCCCACUCCUCCAAUCGAGUACAAAGGCAUUGCUGAACUCAGUGCUGCCGCCGCACCUGAUAAAGCUACCGCCAUAGGGAUAGCCACCGAAGAUGCACCCGAGACAGAUCAGCUUAGCGAUGCAGACAUCCAUCGACUAACAGGUGAAACUCGCCGUGCUCUCCAACAACUAAAGCUCAAGUUCAUUCGCCAACGACGCUCAGGUAGAGCUUCGUCAGUUUUGUCCUUCAUUGACGACGACGACGAUGACGACGACGAUUCUGACGGCCUCGACGAUGAAGAAGACUUUGAAGUAGAUGAUCUUGAUGAGGACGCAGACAUGGAUCUAGAGCUCGAACUGGAUGAGGAUGGCUUCGAAGACGAAGAUGGGAUUCAAAUUUACGAACAUAAUGGGCAACUGUACAUUGAGGUGUAUGAACCGGAAACGGAUGAUGAGGACGAGGAGGACGAGGCCAUGGAGGGUGUACAGAGUACUAAUGAUGAUUUGGAUUGAUCUGGUUGGAUUAGCUUGGGUGACACAACCCUGGCGUUUUAUGAGUAGGACGUCGAUGAAUACUGCAUUGGGAUGCGGUGGGUAUUUAGUGGGGAGACUCUCAGCAUAGCUAGUGUUAAGAUUCGCCAUAUAUGGGUGCUUGAAGGAGAGUCCUGUUCUCACUGCCGCCGUACAUACGAGGUAGACAGUUUCGCUAUUCACACUUGAUCUCAUUCUCUGAAAUCUUUAGUCGGCUUCAACUGUCUGAGAAUUAACACUUUCUGAGCAUAUAUCCAUG